AUGCGCCUCCGUCAAGAGUCGCAGCUUCCUCUUGGAACUUGUCGAUCAGCUCUGCAGGCGACCAACUGGAAUUUCGAAGAGGCGGUCAUUCAUCUGGAAAAGGAAGCGAAGGCUUUGGGAAUGAAGAAGAUGGAAUCGCUCGCUUCGCGAAAGACUCCCGAAGGCUGCGUUGGCGUCGCUACAGAGGGAAACAAGGGUGCAAUGGUGAUCAUCAACUGUGAAUCGGAGCCUGUGUCGAAGACGCCCGAAUUCAACAAGCUCGUCAACACUGUCACUAGCACUCUCCUCGCCAAGGAAGCUGGAGACUUCACCGGCGAGGCAAUCGUCGAGUUAGAUGGCGUCAAGGAUUCACUUGCGCAAGCGAUUGGACUUUUGAAAGAAAAUAUUCAAAUUAAAUCGGGAAAGGUUGUUGCGGCUCCAAAUUUAGGAUAUUACGUUAGAAAUUUCAACAAAGAAUAUCCAAAUAAUGGAACUUAUGGCUCGCUUGUCAGCCUUUCUGGUGGUAGCGCGGAGUUGAGCGCUGAUUUAGCCGCGCACUGCGUGUUAGAGCUUCCAGACGUCACUGGAGAUAUUCCUAAAGGCCCUUUGUCCGUUGACGAUCUUGCUGCCGACGAGAACCGUCUUCUCUAUCAGCCACUCAAUGGCGGCCAAUCUAUUGUGUUCAAUGUUCUCGCCGAGCAAAAUGCGGAGCUUCUUUCUUGGACUCGUUUUAAAGUCUCUAAAAUGGUCUGGGACAUCCUUGUCGCCGGUAGUUUGAAUGUUGAUCAAAUCGCUUACUGUUCUCGGCUGCCAGGACCAGGAGAAACCCUUCUUGGCGAACGAUACGAGACUGGUCUGGGCGGUAAAGGAGCGAACCAAGCGGUCCAGGCAGCUCUACUAUCUGGCGAAGGAAAAGUCGGACUGUUAGGUGCAGUGGGAGACGAUCAAAAUGGAUCGUGGUAUCUUGAAGAGCUCGCUAAAACCGGAACGGACUGCUCGAAAAUAAUAACGAAAACUGAUUGCUCGACUGGCGUUGCUCCGAUAACAGUUUCGAUGGAAAACGGCGAAAACUCGAUCGUUGUUGUCCCUGGAGCAAACAUGCGUUUAACUGGAGAAGAUUUAGAUGAGGAAGCUAUCAAGGGGACGAAAAUUGUCAUUUGCCAAAACGAGAUUCCAGUGAGUACGACCAAAAGAGCUCUACAACUUGGAAGAGCAGCUGGAGCAAAGACAAUCUACUCACCCGCGCCUUGCCCGAGCAGGGAAGACUUUGAGGCGUUCUCUGAACAGAUCGACUAUCUCAUCGCGAAUCAAACAGAAGCUCUGGAACUAAGUGGAAAAGAAACUAUUCAGGAAGCGGCGACAACUCUACAGGAGAAAUACAAAAUCAAAAGUGUAAUCGUCACUCUUGGCGGAGACGGAUUCGCCGUCAAAAGCGAAGGAGAGCUGACAUUGCACCCAGUUGUUGAAAAAGUAGACGUGGUCGACACAACCGGCGCUGGAGACUCCUUCGUCGGUGCCUUUUCUUACUCGCUUACCAACGCGCAGAAAACGACGAUCGAACAUGCCAAAUUUGCGUCUAUGGUUGCUUCCCGCUCGACAACAAGAAAGGGAACUCAGAAAUCGUACUUCCGUCUUGCGGAGCUUGAGUGA